UGAAAAGAGGAAGACCGAGGAACUCUUGACAAAGUUUAGAUCUCUGCUAAACUGUUAUGUUUGAUUCCGUAAAGGGAAGUUGUUUUCCAGUGUUCGUGUUCUGCGAACUGAAAAAUGUAGAACUUAAGUUAUGAAAAUAGACCAAACGUCCGCUGGCAUUGCGAGUUUGAGCAACAUCAAUAAUAACAACAAGAACGAAGUUGUCAAGUUCGGUGCCGAUGCAGAGACUACUGAUGAUGAGUUUCGGGACUUUCAGCUGCUGAUGAAUGGUGAGGAAUCUCGUGCAUCACAGAGUAUUAGCCUGCACAGCUGCCCGAAACAAAUGUCAGUAUGGAAAAGCCUAGGCCUCAGUUGCCUGCAAAACCUCCCGUGGCUGCCAAACCCAGGCGCAAGCCCCCUGCGCCCCCUCCACCCCCAAAACCUACCCUUGUGUCCACAUCACUCUCUCCAUCCCCGUCAUCCGUGCAGCUCUCAUCCCCAAAUGGUGAUGUAGCGGGGAAAGAAUCUUUAGCAGUAGACAAUCAGCCAGAAAAUCAUUCCUCAUCAGUUCCUAAUGGCCCUAGCGGGUCAAACGAGAGGGCUGAUGGUGUUCAGGAUCCCCACAAAGGACUUGAGUCUUCCGACAGGGAAACAGAGCCGAUAAAAGUGGACCCCCCGCCUUUACCCUCAUCCCCACCCCCAACCCAGAGAAAAGGACCACUGUCUCCGUCGUCAAACCCUUCACUGUCUCCUUUUUCAUCAUCCUCAUCCACACCGCAGCAAAAAGUUGAAAAUGAUACCGAAUCCAAUUUGCUGGACAAUCCUCUCCCAGCCUCAGCUAAUGAAGCUUGCACAGUGUCGCCUUCUACUACACUUUCAAAUCCUAAGUUGCCAUCACCUCAACCCCCUCCCAAGUCGAAAAGUCCAUCAGUGCCAGUGAAGGCACCUCCACCCGUACGUCCAAAGCCCAAACCACUUACAAUCCCUCCGCCAGACACUUCAGCAUCAAAUGUUGAGAGUAAAAGUGAUGAGCCUCAAAGCAAAGAUGAAAGUUCAGGUUCUAGCAGAACAGAAUCAGACUGUUCAGUGUCAAAGGCUGAAAAUCUUACUGAUGAGACACAAGAUAAAGGCAAUGUUUCAGUGUCAAAGGCUGAAAAUCUUACUGAUGAGACACAAGAUAAAGGCAAUGUUUCAGUGUCAAAGGCUGAAAAUCUUACUGAUGAGACACAAGAUAAAGGCAAUGUUUCAGUGUCAAAGGCUGAAAAUCUUACUGAUGAGACACAAGAUAAAGGCAAUGUUUCAGUGUCAAAGGCUGAAAAUCUUACUGAUGAGACACAAGAUAAAGGCAAUGUUUCAGUGUCAAAGGCUGAAAAUCUUACUGAUGAGACACAAGAUAAAGGCAAUGUUUCAGUUUCAAAGGACACAAAUGCAGAGCCUGAUACAUCAAAAAUGGUAGGUGUUUCAAAGGAAGCACAUGCAAAUCCAGAUACAUCAAAGACAGUGGAUGAAAGUCCUCUACUAAAUUCUAGAAAAAUAGCGUCAGCUUUAGAGGAGGUUCUGAAAAAGUCUCCGCCUAAAGUUCCCGCCAAGAAACCUGUGAACCCCCCAGCUAGGCCCACCUCUCCCCCAGCAAGACCUGCCCCUCCACCUUCAAGGCCGGCCCCACCCCCAUCGCGACCCACCCCGCCCCCCAAGAGAGCCCCGCCCCCACCAAAGAGACCCUCGCUGCCUCAUGUUACGCCUGCUACCCCCACCGCCGUGUCCUCUCCCUCACCACAACCCUCCCCCGCAACAACCACCGUUCCGGCUGGUAGCUGCCAGGUAGCGAGCGAAGUCCAGGUCGAAGCAGAGACAGAUCCAGUCUCUAAGAAAGCUGCUAAGCCUUCUGUACCUCCUCCUCUUCCUUCGACUCCGCCUCCUCUUCCUUCGGCUCCGCCUCCUUUACCCAAAAACCCACCGAGGGGUGGGGUGCCAAGAAAACCUCGCUCACAGUCUAAUGUCUCAAAGAACUCGCUGAAGGAAGCGAGCGUCUCAGCAACAGAGAAAUCCAGCUAUAAGGAAGGAGAGGGAUCGGAGGGUAAAGCCUCCAGUGAGGGUAAAGCCUCCAGUGCGACCAGCAGCCCGGAAAAAGGGGGGAAGAAGGUCUGUGAACACUCCCAAGACUUGUCCCUUCCCAAAGAAAAAGGAUCUGAUGAGGCCCAACCUUUGGACAUCGCCACUGACCAGUCUCAGAAACCCGAGAGAACUUUGAAAAAGCAACAAGCCUUUGACAGUUCUGAUUCUAAUUCUAAUACUCCUGUGCUCAGGGACAAAAGUGGGACGUUGCCUCACUCAGAAGAAAAUGAUCUUAAAAAUUCCGACCUGAACCAAGAAUCUUUACCUCGUCCUGUGCCCAGGAAACGGUUAAGUAUACCUGCCGUUCCAAAAACAGACGAAGAUCCAAACGUUUCCCAGAAAUCCACAUCUGUUGUUGAAAAGAAAAAUGGAAAAUCGGCAGUAGAUAGCAAUACUUCCGCCGCUAAAACUGCUUCGAAAAAGCAGUUUUUGUUGAAGAUUGACCCGGAGCUCGAUUACGCUGAAGUGUACUGUGGCUCUGAUGAUGAUGGGCUGGGGGAUGAAGGGGAAAGUCAGAGCUCAGUAAGUGCAGAAAAGACUACCUCAGCCUCAAAGCAAGUUGACGUCUGCCAGGACUCACAAAGCGCUAAAAGUAUUACAAACGCCUCUGGUGAAUUAUCGGAGGAACCGAAAGGUGUUGGCUGUGUAGGAGAUUCCAAAGGCAAGGAUGGGGUCAGCGAUGAUGGUGCUAGCGAGGGACCAAAGCUUUCUCUCAGCGACGAGCCAGGCUCCACUUGUGAGAUGCUCAAAGAGAUUGAGGAACUUCUGAAGAACAAACUCGGAGGAGACUUUGAGACAGAUUUAGAAGGCGGUGUCGAUUCUGAGACUACAAAACCUGAGAGUGAUUCAGAGGGGAAAACUACGCUGCAGGAAGUUGAAGAUUCCCCCAAGUGGCGUGCCAACAGCUUGGAUUCGUCCAGUCCUGUGCGGCCACCGAGACCGAAGAGACAUGCCAGCAUCUCGCGACUGCGGGGCAGCGUGGAGUCUCUAGACCAAGCGGUCGUGGACAGCUCCAGCGUUGAGUGUCUGCACACAGCGAGCGGGCAAAGCAGUUCGGGGAAGAAAGUUGUACCGCCGAAACCCAAACGUACGACCUUGCCCCGUAUCAACAGAAGCCGGUCCGACGUGACCGGAAUGAAAGCCGUUGCGGACGGGGCUGAGGAAAAUUCCAACUCGUCCGACACUGCCGCUGGCGAUCAAGAAGGAAGUGAUCUGAAGCCGUACUUACCUCCGCGCCUCGAGUCCUUGAGGAGGAGCGAGUCGUGUAGCAACAAUUCGGUGCCCCCGCCCCUCCCCCCAAGGAACAAGCCCCGGAGUACCAGCAUGAACGAGUCGGGUCGAGCAAUGUCGUCGAUAUCGUUGUCGAGUGCCGCGUCCACUUCAACACUUGACGUCACAGUUUCCCCCAGUGCCAGUAGCUCUGCGCUGACGCCGAACGACGCCAAAAGUGCUAUUCCCCCAAGCGGGAGAAAAGAUGGCGCGACGCCAAAAACCCCUCAGAAGAGGGCCUCAAGAGCGACGGCUAAACCGAGACCUGUGCGAAAGGCACCUCCCCCUCCACCGGGACCCCCCAAGAGGGCAGCGACCUUCGCCCCCGGUGACACAAAAGCUCAGAGUGGCUCAGAGAAGAGCGAGGAAUCGAGCAGCGGAGCAUCGGACGGGAAGUCGGACCAGAGAAAAGGCUCCCGGUCUCCCCCACAGCCGUCGGUGAAAAAGACGCUAAGCAUGAUGAGGCGGCGCUCGCAGAGUCCGGGCGAGGACCAUGACUAUCACGAAAUACCGGACAGCAGCGUUGUCGCGGAUGCUAGAAGACAAGAAGACCAGUCGAAGGAAAGAGAGACGACACCUCCCCCUCCCCAGCUUCCCCCUCGCUCGCACAGAGCCAGCUCCAGGGUCAGUGCCGAUGUGUCCUUGACCUCUGACGAUAAGAAAGAAACUCAGGAAUCCCAGAGUGCCUCGGAGCAACCCACUCGCGGUGGUGUGGGCGGAAUGGCGGAGGAGGAAGCGAAGCAAGAGGACGACGGGAAAAGCGGGAACAGCCCGGAGGAUCAGAAGCGGAAGGCGAAGAGAGCAAAGGCGGCGCUCAUACAGAAGGUAUCCCAGGACCUGGGGCUUCCAAGGAGUCCCGCGCCGCCCGCCGACGGAGAUGCGGGAGCUCUGCGCUUCGAGAACCCGAGCUUUGAACUUGAGGGUCAGGUCGCCGGAGGUGUUGCAGGGGAUGAGGAGGAUGAUAGCGCUGCUGAUGGGGGCAGUAAGACGGGAGAGGAGGACAGUACGAAUGCUGAGGAGGGCGGUAAGAAUGCUGAGGAGGGCAGAAAGACGGCGGCCGACGAGGAUCAGAAUACUGCAGCUGAGGAGGACAGUGAGACGACCGCUGAUGGAGAGCAGGCGAAAGAAGUGCGGCAUAAAUCGGUGUCUGACGCGUCGUCUUCACCUUCUUCCCCCAAGAGAGACCGGCCGGAGUCGAUGGCCAGCCACCAGAGCACCGGGAGCGAGCAGGAGGGUGAAGGUCACCUGGAAGAUAUCGCCAGUUCGGAGAGCGAGUCCGAUGAAGAUGGAAGUGAAGAGAUUUACGCUCAGAGGAAAGCGUUGAAGGUUUUCUACAUUGCUGAAGAAAUCAUGACGUCUGAGAAGUCUUUUGUGGAUGUUCUUAAACUCCUCAAUAUUGAUUUCCGGAAACACAUCUCCACCGCUACUGAAAAGCAGGGUCAGCCGGUGAUUCCCACAGAAACUCUGAAUAAAAUUUUGGACUAUCUGCCGCAGCUACAAAAUUUCAACGAAGAACUGCUGAAAGAUCUAACAGAACGCAUCAAUAAUUGGGAGAACAACAAACGUCUGUCCGACAUUUUCGUCAAGAAGGGACCUUUUCUCAAGCUUUAUUCCUCCUACAUUCGCAAUUUUGAGAACGCUACGGCAAUCCUCGACGACUCUUGUAAGAAGAAUCCUGCUUUUGCGGCAGCCUUGAAGGAGUUUGAGAUGAGUCCUCGCUGUGCGAGCCUGGCGUUGAAGCACUACAUGCUGAAGCCCAUUCAGAGAAUUCCACAGUACAAGCUUUUGCUUCAGGACUACAUGAAGCAGCUGUACACAGACUCCCCCGACUACAAGGACACCACCACGGCCUUGAACAUUGUGAGUGAGGUGGCCGAUCACGCCAACGAGAGCAUGCGGCACGGGGACAAUGUGCAAAAGUUGCUGGAAAUCCAAAGAUCUUUGAUUGGGCAGUUUGAAGUCAUAGAGCCGGGAAGGGAGCUCAUCAAGAAAGGAGAGCUGCAGAAACUGUCGAGGAAGGAGAUGCAGCCCAGAAUGUUCUUCUUGUUCAGCGACGUUCUCCUGUACACUACUCCGGCCACCGGGGGCUACAAGGUCAACAACGUGCUCCCGCUGUCUGGCAUGAAGAUUGUUCGGCCCAAGUUGGAGGACUACAAGUUUGAGUUUAACAUUCUGAGCACCCAACGAUCCUUCACUGUGUGUGCCAGCACGUCCCAGGAGAAGGAGGACUGGAUCUCCGCCCUACAGGAAGCUGUGGAGGAGAACGCCAAACGGUUCCACACCUUCGAGUGUGUCAAGCAUGGACAG